CUCACCAUCACUGUAAGUCCUCUCCUCAGAGACAUACACUCUACAACCAUGAGAUUCCAGUCCAUCUUAACAGUGCUGGCCCUGAUGGUGGGCGUCUCCUAUGCCGGGGUAAUCUAUAAUAGAUAUGGAAGACUAGGCGGCGGACGUGGUGGUGUUGGCUUAGGUGGACUUGGCUACGGUAUUGGUGGCAUUGGUCACGGUAUUGGUGGCAUUGGCCAAGGUAUUGGUGGAUUUGGUCGCGGUACUGGUGGAAUUGGUCGCGGUACUGGUGGAAUUGGCCGUGGAAUUGGUGGGUUUGGUGGCGGCAUUGGUGGAUUCGGUGGCGGCCUUGGUGGAUUAGGUGGCGGCCUUGGUGGAUUCGGUGGCGGCCUUGGUGGCGGCCUUGGUGGAUUAGGUGGCGGCCUUGGUGGAUUCGGUGGCGGCCUUGGUGGCGGCCUUGGUGGAUUCCGUGGCGGCCUUGGUGGAUUCGGUGGCGGCCUUGGUGGCGGCCUUGGUGGCAUUGGCGGCGGCCUUGGUGGCAUUGGCGGCUUUGGUGGCGGCCUUGGUGGCGGCCUUGGUGGCCUUGGCGGCCUUCGUGGAUAAGGCAGGAGAUAUGGCUACUACGGACGAUAAUGCUGACGAGAGCUGCAGCUGGCAAAAUUAGAUGUGGUCAUGUCACAUCAACAAUCUUGUCAAUAAAUAUAUUAGUAAA